UAUAUUAACAUAUCUCUCUCUCUCGAAACCAAACCCUCUUUCAUUCUUGUUCUCUAGGUUUAUCAGGGAAGAGAGAGAGAGAGAGAAAGAGAGAGAGAACUACAGAGUGACGAUCUCUUCUUGUUUUAUAUAUCUUCUAAUAUGGCUUUGUUGGGACAGAAUAUGAAUUUGAUGCCACUAAGCAGGACUGAUUCGUUUGCUUCUGGGCACUAUAACUACAACAACUAUUUUGAAUAUGGCUACAACAACAACAACUAUAUGAUGAUGGAGAAGAGACAACUGUUUCUGAGAAGCUACCAGUUCUGCAGAAAACAGACUUUGAGUGAGAGAAUCAAGAGGUCUUUGGUAAGAGUGAAGAGGGUUAUAUGGCUGAGGCUUAAAUCUGCUCGUAGGUUCAGAAAGUUGGCAUGUUUCAGAGUCAGAUGUGGAUUUUCUUACCGGAGAAGAAGAUUUAUCCGUCUCCUUAACAACAAGUACUACUCCAACAAUAACUGCUUCUGGUAGAACUAUUCCAACUUCCUUCUUUCUCAGUUUUUUUUUUUUAUUUUUUUUAAGUUUUAUUUAUGGAAUUAGUACCUUUGCAAAAGGGGUUUCUAUUGUAGUUGUUAAAUCUCUGCCGUUAGAUUCAUUCAUACCCACAACAACUUUAUGUCGUUUGCUACAGUUAAUGUAUGAUAUGAUAAAUAUACAAAUGGUGACCUUGGUGAUGAUGUAAUAGUGAAGUUGAUUCGUUACAGUUGUUGCCAUAAUGAUCUUGUAUAGUUGUUCACGUCUGUUUGACAUAAAGUUCCAGUUAGCAACAUUUGACUAUUGUAUUCAUCCGGUGAAACUGAAAAAAAAAAAAGAAGAAAAAGCAGAAGUAAAAGUUCUAUAUUAUUAAUGAAUUGGAUCCCACUAUGGAAGGGUAUGGUUUCUGUACAAGCUAUAUAAUAUGGCACUUUGCGCAAAGUCCUAGGUCUUUGUGACCCUUUGAAUAGGAAGGUUAAAAAAAAGCAGCUGCGAGCCAUAGAGAUUAUAGAGAGAGAGAAUAGGAGACCACUUUCCUCUGUGUCAAGAGGCAACA